CGCGCGGGCCAGGCUGGGCCUAAUACGGGCAACCAAACACGCCCCAAGCUUUUUCAUCACCUCUCGUCUCCUCCCGUUCUCGCCGCCCCCCGACAUCGCCGUCCUUGACUCCCUCUCCGUUGGAAGCGGGAUAGUUCUUGGGCCACCGGAAGCGUCGCACGCAUGGCAGAUGAGGAGGUAUCUGACCCAAAGGCACUCCUAGAGGAUCGUACGAAGGCUAAGUGUGUCUACCAGUGGUAUGAAUAUCAGAAAUGCGUUAAGAGAAUUGAAGGUGACGAGACCGGGCAGAAGCACUGUACUGGCCAGUACUUCGAUUACUGGAAAUGCAUUGACAAGCAUGUUGCUGAGAAGCUCUUUGAUAGCUUAAAAUGACAAGGAAAUUGUUUUCUCUAGCUACUUUUCACUCAACAGUGGUAAUAAAUAGCAUCACUUGCACGCCUUAUUGACAAUUCAGGUCUUUAUCAUCAUAUAUGUAAAAGAAGGUUUUGCCUGUCGGGUAACACGACCGUUUUUCUGCGGCCACUUUACAUUUUGUUUGUCAGAGGCGUUGCUGGCUCACGAUAUUUUUUUGUUGUGAAUUGAGAUAUUCCCAGGACUGACUGAGGACUAAACGCUGCCAUUUUUUCCUAUUGCUUUUUUGAUGCAAUUUUUU